AAAUUAUCAAUGCUACUUCCGGUUAAAAAGUGAUUUCCGGUUGGGGACAAAUUAGACAAAAUUUAUGAUUUUUAAGUAUUUUAGAGAAUUCGAUGGAUUCAUAUGAUGUGAUUGCAAAUCAGCCUGUUGUCAUAGACAAUGGGUCUGGUAUAAUUAAAGCUGGUUUUGCUGGAGAUCAAGUUCCUAAGCACCACUUUCCAAAUUUUAUUGGAAGGCCCAAACAUGUACGUGUCAUGGCAGGGGCAUUGGAGGGAGAUAUAUUCCUGGGACCAGAUGCUGAGGAGCAUAGGGGUUUGUUGACAAUCCGUUAUCCUAUGGAACAUGGUAUUGUAAAAGACUGGAAUGAUAUGGAAAGAAUAUGGCAGUAUAUCUACUCAAAAGAUCAGCUACAAACGUUUUCAGAGGAGCAUCCUGUGUUGCUGACAGAAGCACCAUUAAAUCCCAGACGGAAUCGAGAAAAGGCGGCAGAGAUCUUUUUUGAAACUUUUAAUGUCCCAGCUUUGUUCAUGUCAAUGCAGGCAGUUCUUAGUCUGUAUGCAACAGGUCGUACAACAGGGGUCGUGUUAGAUGUAGGAGAUGGUGUAGCGCAUGCCGUGCCUAUAUACGAGGGUUUUGCCAUGCCACACAGUGUAAUGCGUGUAGAUAUUGCUGGUAGAGAUGUAUCUAGGUACCUUAGGCUGCUUCUACGUAAAGAAGGUUAUGACUUCCAUACAUCAGCUGAAUUAGAAAUUGUUAGAACCAUAAAAGAGAAAGCAUGUUAUUUAUCAAUAAAUCCACUGAAAGAGGAAUCUUCAGAAAUAGAGAAGUCACUAUAUACUUUACCUGAUGGAAGUUCUAUAGAGAUUGGGCCAGCGCGAUAUCGAGCACCCGAGUUGUUGUUUAGACCAGAUCUGAUUGGUGAAGAGUGUGAAGGAAUACAUGAGGUGUUAACUUACUCUAUACAGAAAUCAGACAUGGACCUUAGAAGAACACUGUUUUCAAAUAUUGUAUUGUCUGGUGGAUCUACUCUAUUUAAAGGUUUUGGUGAUAGAUUACUAAGUGAAGUGAAAAAGUUAGCUCCAAAGGAUAUAAAAAUUAGGAUAUCAGCACCGCAAGAAAGAUUGUAUUCAACAUGGAUUGGGGGAUCAAUUUUGGCAUCAUUGGAUACAUUUAAGAAGAUGUGGGUUUCAAAGCGAGAAUACAAUGAGGAAGGUGUGAAGGCAAUACACAGGAAGACUUUUUAGCAUUCAAACUUCUGUCUGGUUGUGUAACCAAUGUGACUGCCGCCGAUUAUACCAAACAUAGUCAUCUAACUUAUUUUUAUUUUUCGUUUUAUGGGUAUUUAUGGAUAAAGGGCUUAUUUUUAUCUAAUAUCCAUAGCUUAUAGUGCUGGAGUAACGAAAAUGGUGAUAAGUUGACUGAAGUAAGCACCAAAGGUGGUUUGACUGUCUUCAUUUUAUGUCUGGUCACCUGUUAUUUUGUUAAGCUGUGUUCUAAAGUUGCGUGUUUUUUGUCACAAUAUAUGGAAGACAUGCAUUAAGACUUACAUGAAAGUGACAGAGACAUAUAGAUGCAAGUAUUCAAAGCCUCGGAACAAAGCCAUGACAGAAAAUGUUUACAGCCUGAUUGAUUGAAGGGUUUCUUGAAGUAAAAUUAUCUUUGUUAUAAUUAAACAAAACCUAAUGUCUUGAGUUAGCAAAGUAAAUAUUCACCAUUCGUCGAUUUGCAAAAAAUAAUUUAUGAACUUUUUUCUUCGAUUGUUUAAAGAUGGAUAAAUAUAUUUUUGAAACUGAAUUUUGUCCUUAGAAAAAUCUUUGAGAAGUGUAAAACACAUGUUGAUGAAGGCUGUAGAACCAUGUAUCUUUGUCCUUUUUGUGGGCAUUACGCUGAUCAAAAAUAUCUAAAAUGUUCACUUGUAUACACUAUGUUAAAUAAUAUAUUGUAGAUUCAACUAUUAGAUGCAUUUUUAUUAGUCAGCACAUUUUUUUUAAUACUUCAAGAUUUUUAUACUGCCAGUCACUAGCAAUUAUGAAGCGAAAAUGUGGGGAAUUACAGAUUGAUGGUGUUCAAAAAUUGUUUGUCUGUGUUAAUAUUAUAAAAUAAGAAUCAUGCAUUAGAAUUUAUAUUCGCAGGUUUUUAAAACUUCGUAGUUAUUCUAAAUGUUUUCAUUCAUUUUCUUGCCUUAAAGUUAUGAUUUGCAUACUUUACAGUUUUUCCUUGUGGUUACAGGUAUUUACAUAAAUUUUAACAUAUUUUCUUUUUAUUGAAUGAUGUAGAUGAUAUCUGUUAAAGUUGUAUUGCUAUUUUUGGUCUUUCUGCAAAAUUUCUGCAUGGUGCACAGUUUAUCUCGAGCCACGUUUACUAAGAGAAGUUUAGAAGUGCAAUAUUAUACCAGGAAUCAUCAAUGUGCUACGUCCAUUCUUAAACCUAUAACAUUCAGUUGUGUGUUUCCGUGUAUGGGAGAGCAGUGUGGGAGGGCAUUUUGACAAUACAAGUUUGUAUAGAUUUUAAUCUGUAUGAGAGAGAAGUUCAUCUGAGUUGGAUUAAUCUGUAUAGGAGAACCAUAUUUUGAUUUUAUUUCUAGUUUGUUUAGGAGAAUAUGUAAAGUUAUGCUGUUAAUAGAUCGGGACAGAUUUUAUGAGGAAUCUCUGUAAUAUGUUAGCUCUACUGUCUUUAACAUUACCAACUUUUAGUGCAAACGAAUUGCUUUGGUCAGUACAGGAAUUUUUGCAUUUUAUUGUACUGACAUUAAUUUUGUUUUGUAUUAAUUGAAUUAAAGCGGAAAUGCAAAUUGUUAAGAAAUGUUAGGAAUUUCAACAAAUGUGCGUCCUUGUUUCCUGAUAUCUCAAUCAAUAAACACUCAUUUUACCCUGCCAAUUUUCAGUCAACAUACACUUAUUAUCCUUGAGGUUAAUGCUUGACACAUUUGAAUGAUGGUGAGGAGCUGGGAAAGUAAAUUUGUGUAUUUGUAUUAAAUGAGUAUUGUUUAAAAGUCAUGAUUACUUUUUGUUAUAGCAACUCUGUGAUGCUUAGUACUUACUUCUCAGCAAUAGAACUGUCCUUUUUCAUUUAGUUACUCUAAAAUUAUAGUGUUUUUUUUAUAAACGUUUCUUGUAGAUAGAUUUCACAUUAAUAAGCAUUAUUGGUAUUGAUUAUUGGUCACUUGCAAACUUUCUUUACCACAGUGGCAUGGGAUGUCUCUAACAAAAUUGAUUCAUUAUGGAAUUCAGAUUUAAUUGAAUUAUGUGGAAAUUAGUAAUACAUGUAAUAAUAUAUCUCAGUGAAAAGUUGACAGUUUUAUUCAGUAAAAAGUUUUGUGUUUAGUAAACUUUUCAGAUAUUUAUAUUUACUUGUUCAAUGAAAUAUAAAAUUAUUAAAUACGAGUUGUAAAUUAUAAAGCUCUGAAUUCAACUGCCACUAUUGAACCUCAGUCAGAUGGCAGUAUGUCAAUACAUGCUGUUUACACAAAAUAGAAGUUAUGACUAAUUAAAUACUGACAUGUUUCUCAUAAUCACUGAUGAAACGUUGAUCUGUAUGAUAUAUUCUAUGGAAACUAGGUACUGUUUGGGUUUUUACUGAAGUAUUUUUAAACCAUUGCAGUUGUUGAAUGUAUCUUCUGCAAUCAAUUUAUACCUCUUUAUAAAAUUCUUAUGGUGAUAAAAUACAAAUAUAAGCUUCAUACAGAAUUUCACUUAAAUACACAAAGCUAAAGUUGAGCGCAAUGCUGUUGUAACUCCUAUUAAAUAAGAGUUAUGGCAGUAUUGCACACAACCCUCAAGUCAUGUUUAAAGACUUACAAUGUAUGAUUUUUGGAUUACAUAUUAAAUGCUUAUAGAUACUGGAAAACGUUUCUGGCACACCCUUGUUAUAGUUAAGUUUUUAAUUUUGUGCAGUUUCCUAUUUUACUUUCAGGUCAUACAUCUUGUAAAUUAUUUUGUGUAAUGUCGUCACAAAAAAACUAAAAACUUCUUACAAUGGUUGCUAGGAUACAGUAAAACACUGACUGCUCAAAGUUGUAACGGGAUGAGCAAUAUUAUCCAAAUAUCUGACAUUGUAAAAAACGUAAGAAAAACAGGUAGGGACCACAUUAAUUACUUGAGUCAGUUCUUGUAUGGAAUGCUUAAGGGAGCAGUGUUUUUAAUAUACCUGAUUAUAAACGAAAGAUUCAGUCAAAAUUCUUGUUGGACAGUUUCUUUUACCAUGACGGUAGUUUGAAUGUAGGUGAUGAUAACUGACUAAAUUCUGUUGAAGUGAAGACAGUAAAAAAUACCGAGACCAUUUUUAUAUAAAAACUUGAGGUUAGUGUUUGAUAAAUAAAAUAAAAUGAGCCAUGCCAUGAGAAAACCAACAUAGUGGGUUUGCGACCAGCAUGGAUCCAGACCAGCCUGCGCAUCCGCGCAGUCUGGUCAGGAUCCAUGCUGUUCGCUUUCAGAGCCUAUAGCAAUUAGAGAAACUGUUAGUGAACAGCAUGGAUCCUGACCAGACUGCACAGAUGCGCAGGCUGGUCUGGAUCCAUGAUGGUCGCAAACCCACUAUGUUGGUUUUCUCAUGGCAUGGCUCAUUAAUGUCUAGUGUGCAUUCACAUGUUCAUGUUUAUUUGCAUAAAGGGAGUCAGUUACAUUUGAUAGACCGCUGUAUGUUAAAAAGGAAAAUCAUAUUGGAAGCAUUUAUGUAAUAAUUAUUAUACAACGUAAGUGUUCAUUGUUGUUUUUUUGUUCCUAUUAGAGGCAUGUUUGUUACGAAAUAUGAAUGAGUGAAAGACUUUACUUAAUUAAAAUGAACUUACUGUUCCUUUAUAUUAUAUCAAAUGUUAUUUUCUCAACACAAUCCCAUAACCUAAGUGGUACAUACUGUAAUGUUCUGAUAAGAAACUUCAUUUAAUUUGCAAAAAUUACAGUGAUAAGCAGUUUGGAUAGUCAUAUUCUUCAGAAUGUCUCAUGUACUGAAUUUUAGCACACUGAACUUGUGUACAAUAUUAGGAAAUGUGUUUUACUGAACUUAUGUAUGAUAUUCAGCAGGUAUUUUUCCUGAUGUGAUAAUUAUUUCACUAAUGCUACUCAACAGGAAUUUGGACAUUAGCAAGUUUCUCUAUUUAGUUUAUGAUUUAUUUAAGGAAUAAUGUAUAUAAGUGUAUUUAUAUGUUCAUGGUGUCGUGCUCCAGUAUUGAUUGUAAGCUUAAACCAUAAAUCAUAAAAAUAUGGAAUAAUG